CCUCUCCCCUCAGCCUCAGUUCCCUUUUUUUGCAGAACAUACAAGUAAGUGGCGAUGCGUCCUCCAGCCAAGCGCUUUUGCCCCAGCCCAUCUAAUUCCCUGGACCAGAGUUUCCAGAAACGACUCAAGAAAAUUUCAAUAGAAGGGAAUAUUGCUGCAGGGAAGUCCACAUUUGUACAUAUGCUAGAAAAAUAUAAUGAUGAAUGGGAAGUAAUUCCUGAACCAAUAGCUAAAUGGUGCAACAUUCAGACAUCUGAGAAUGAAUAUGAAGAGCUUUCAACAUCGCAAAAGAGUGGAGGAAACCUGCUACAGAUGUUGUACAGCAAGCCUACAAGGUGGGCUUAUGCCUUCCAGACAUAUGCUUGUUUAAGUAGAGUUAAAGCUCAGUUAAAAACUAUCUCUGCCAAACUACAGGAAGCAGAACAUCCUGUGCAGUUUUUUGAGAGAUCAGUCUACAGCGACAGGUAUAUCUUUGCCUCCAAUUUAUUUGAAUCAGGAAAAAUCAGUGAAACAGAAUGGGCAAUUUAUAAGGAUUCGCAUGCAUGGCUUUUGAAACAGUUUGAAUCAGCCACAGAAUUAGAUGGCAUUAUCUACCUCCGAACAACCCCCCAGAAAUGCAUGGAACGACUACAGCACAGAGGCAGAGAAGAGGAACAAGGAAUUCAACUGGAAUUUCUGGAGAGCCUGCACUAUAAACAUGAAACUUGGCUUCAAGAAAGGACAAUGAAGGUGGACUUUGACAAUCUUCAAGACAUGCCAAUUUUGGUUUUAGAUGUUAAUGAAGACUUCAAAAAUGAUGAAAUAAAGCAGCAGUAUUUAUUGGAUAAAGUCAAGGCCUUUUUGACUGCUUAGAAACAAAGAAACUGUUCACCAAGGACAUCUGGAAAACUGCCAUUAUAAACUGGAAUGGGCAUAUGAUAUCUUUAAGACAAAUUGUCUCUAUUAUUUUUCUUCUAUUUGAACAUGCAGAGGUUGCUGCAUAUCUGAGAAUCAAGUAGCUUUAAUGCAACAUGCAAACAUUGGGACGGUGCCGGAGGCACUCAUAAUUAGGAGGUCUUCUGAAGCAGGAGAGUAAUGACUGUCUCUGAUAUAUUUCAAGGGGAAAAACUUUGCAUAAAUAAUUUUAAUGUACUGCCUUACUGGAAAUGCGUUUAUACCUUAACUUCAAUGAGAUAUGUACCUCUGUUCAGCUCAAUACAUUACUUUCGUAUUAUAAAUGAUUUCGCUAUAAUAAAGUUUGAAAAUUGAGAGUUCUGCAACUA